GUAUCAUCUUCCUGGCAUUUUGCUCGCCUAACGGAGUCGCUGAGCAUGGCCUCCCGGCGCGGCAGGUGGCAGGAGGCGAGCCGCCACGUGCCCGAUCGACUCCCUUGCUGCCUCAUCCCUACAAGUAGCAGCUACCUCUCCGAACUUGAUCUCUCACCCCAUCACACGUUGUCGGCGGCAAACCGUUCAUAAACCUUUCGUACGGUAGCUGUUGCUCUAGUCCCUCGAACAAAUCGAGGCCGAUCGACGCGGCAAUGGAGCUCAUGAAGUCCAGGGCGACCGUGUGCGCUCUCCUGCUGAUGCUGCUGCUGCUCUCACACGGCAAUGGCGGCGGCGGCGGAGUAGGUAUGGCGGAGGCGCGGGUGUGCACGGGGAAGAGCCAGCACCACUCGUUCCCGUGCAUCUCCGACCGGAUCUGCAGCAACCAGUGCAUCAAGCAGGGCGGCGGGUGGACCGCCGGUUACUGCCACUGGAGGGUCUGCACGUGCCAGAAGGCAUGCUGAUCGAUCGUCCCUCCACCUGGCCCGGCCGGCCGGCCAUCGGCGAGCUCAUCUGCAGCUCGCCAUGGUCGCCGUACCUUACCUACACGUACGUUGUGUCAGCUACCUUGUUGUCGCUUGGCAUGCUGCGCACGCGCACGCAUACAUAACUACAGCUUGUAACAAUAAUAAAUAUCAGGAGGGCGGCGCACGUGUGCAGCUUGCAAUGUUAGUUCGAAUAAACAAUCGUACGU